AUGUCUCUCGUUGACGACCAACUUCCCAACCUGCGUGGCCAAUGCAACCCCAAGUCGUCCAGCGCCAUUCAGGGCCUUGCUCUUGGAUGCGCUGCUGCGUGCAGCGCAACUGAGCUGCCCGCGGGAAUCAGUGCCGGAAGAGCCCUAUGCGAGUGUGUCGCCUCGCACGCGGCCGCCACCACAUCCGGCACCGAGACCGGCACCGAGACCGGCACUGAGACAACCGGCACCGAGACGACCGGCACCGAAACGACGGCUACCGGGACGCCGCAUACCGGUGCUCUCACGAGCGAGAUUACGAGGACCCAAACCUCGACUGGAACCAAGACUGGUUCCGAGUCUGAAACAACAACUACUACCGGCACCCAGACCGAAACCUCGACAACUACCGAGGCGACUACUUCUGGAGCAACGACAACAUCGCCAACUACUGCUACUCAGACUACUACUACCGCCGGGGCCGGAAUUUUCCAGGUUUCAUUCGCUGUCGUUGCUGGAGCUAUCCUGGUGGCCGCUGUUGUACUGUAA